GUUGAGAUUCGCCAUCAGCAUCAACCGCGUGUUCUCUCUUGCUGCGUGCUAGUUCCUGUUCUGCUGUGAACCUGUGUGGAUGAAGGUGCUGUGCCUUAGGACUGAUCGAUCAAAUUACUGACGCUGUCUUUACACAGAUACAGCCAUGAACCAAGAGAAACUAGCCAAACUUCAGGCCCAGGUCCGGAUAGGUGGAAAGGGAACCGCUCGUAGGAAGAAGAAGGUGGUUCACAGAACGGCAACAGCCGACGACAAGAAACUCCAGAGUUCCUUGAAGAAACUGGCAGUGAACAACAUCGCCGGUAUUGAGGAGGUGAACAUGAUAAAGGACGAUGGCACAGUGAUCCACUUCAACAACCCCAAGGUUCAGGCCUCUCUGUCUGCCAACACGUUUGCCAUCACAGGCCAUGCAGAGAACAAACAGCUGACAGAGAUGCUCCCAGGCAUCCUCAGCCAGCUGGGGGCAGACAGCUUCACCAGCCUUCGCAAACUGGCAGAGCAGUUCCCACGCCAAGUACUUGACAACAAAGCGAUGUCAAUCAGCAAACCAGAAGAUAUUGAAGAAGAGGAUGAAGUUCCAGAUCUCGUAGAAAACUUUGAUGAAGCGUCAAAGAAUGAAGCCAACUAAUGAAUCCAACUCCAGGCCCCUACUACCCUCUACCCAGUACACUCUACCCUUCCUCAGUACCAUCUAUUCAGAACCCACUGGGUACCCCCAAUAACCUAUCUACUACCCAGUACACACCUCUCUAUCAUGUGGACUCAAAGUGGGAUCUGUUCAGAAAGAUGUAGCAUGACUUCUAUAGAAUCUAUCAUGUAGAACAGAUGAGUGUCAGAGCAGUCACCAUUCCUAUUCUCU